AUGGCCGCCGAAGAAAUAGAGCCUGUCGAGGCCGUCGAGGAGGCCGAGGAGGCCGAGGAGACCGACACCCGAACCGUCCAGAGCUUCGCUAGCCCUAACGGAUUUCCCCACGGCCCGCCCAGCCGCCAGGCAACCUACGAAACAAUUGCAACAGUCACUUUGCCGCCGCCCACCAUCCAGCAGACCAGGACCGCUGGCACUGUCGGCUCGACCAUCCGCAAAAGAAAUGAAGAAAAAGGUUUCGCCGCCAAAGUCAAGAGGACUUGGGCCAAAUAUGGCCCCGACCUCGAUGUCCCUACUGUCUUGACUAUGGGCAAAGGUGCUUUGCCACCUACCAUUGCCAUAUCCAUGUAUCAGGCUACUGAUGUGGCGGAUCAUUUCACAACUCUCGGCUAUCUGAUGGCCAUUGUGUCUGUCCUGGGCUUCGCCAUCCUGCCGAGGGCUAAGUUCAUGCAAACAAUGCUGCUGAAUCUGGUAGCAACGUGCGUUGCCACGGCCAUGAAUCUGCUUAUGAUGUACUGUGCCGUCAAGGCCCGCCAGCACACCACCACCGCUUCUACAGUCACCUCCGCGACUUCAGCAGCCCGCUCAUACACCUACAACUCAUCUGCCUCGGCCGUUUCUGCCAUCUGGCUCUUCUUCCAGGUCUAUUUCGUCAAUCUCAUGCGAGCAAGAUACGCUCCAACCUUGCAGUUUCCCUCUAUCAUCUACACCAUCUUCGUUGUCGUCGCCUCCAUCUACUCCCCGCAGUUCAACACCAUGACCCAGGCCAUCUCUUUCGCCAAACGCCUGCUCGAGGUCUUUCUUACCGGUUUCGCCUUGUCCACAAGCGUCUCGCUCUUCAUCUUGCCUCUCACCUCGCGCAAGGUCGUGUUCAAGGAGAUGGAAGGCUACAUUGGCGCCCUGCGCGGCUCGCUGCAUGCCCACUCCAGCUACUUCCAGUCUCUCGAGAUCAAGGACAUGUUCUACCGCGUGUCAACUGGCCUAUCGGGCGACAAGCAGCGCCAACCUGAGGCCCAGGCCGUCAAGAAGAGUGUUGCCGCCAUCCAGGCCAUGCAGGGCAAGCUUAGCGUUGAUCUACCCUUCGCUAAGCGAGAGAUCGCCUGGGGCCAUCUGGGGCCUGACGAUCUGCAGGAGAUGGCGCGCUUGCUCAGGGCCGUGAUGCUACCGCUGUCGGGGUUGAGCUCGGUCGUUGACAUCUUCGAGCGCUUGUCCGAGCUGAAUGGCUGGGACGAACAGGCUGAGGAGAGUUAUGAGAUUGGUGCGCGAGACAUAGAGCGCAGGAAGAUCGUCGAGGACUGGAAUCUCGUCAUGAGGGCGGUGCACGAGCCGUUCCAAUCGCUCAUUCAAGCCAUGGACGAAGGCUUGGAGCACGUCAUGCUGCAGCUGAGGAUGAAGAAGCCGCCGAAAAAGAAGAAGAACGGCAACUCGAGCUCGUCGGAGAACGUGGAUAUCGAGGGUAAGCCUGACCACUCGCAGCCCGGAGAAGAUGGCUUCGCAGAGUUCCUGGAAAACAAAACGGAUCAAUUCUAUUCGUGCAAGCAGCUUGCGUUGAAGGAGUGGUGUAAGCGGAAGGGGAUCGAUGUGCCGGACGACUACUUCAGGAGACCUUCUGCAUACGACGUGCAUGACACGAGGAAAGACGAGGGCGAUGACUCCUACAAUCGCAGCCAGCGCUCGCUAUAUGCGCUGCUCUACAUCGAAUACCUUCUUUACUCGACUAGCCGUGCCGUUCUGGAAUUCGUCCAUUUCGCUGACGAGCGUCGCAAGAACGGGAAGAUGGACCGCAAGCACCUGAUCAUGCCUGGCUACAAGCGCUGGAAGAAGUGGAUCCUCAACUGCCUGAAGGAGAGGAACGAUGAAAACAAUGCUGAUAACGGUAUGGGCGAUCUGAAUGGAGGUACCAUCGAAGUGAACAUGGGUGAGGCGUACAGGCGCAAGAAGGACCCUGAGCAUCUGCCACCCGAGAAUUUCGUCGAGAGGAUGGGUGAUCGUGUUAGAAGGAUCCCAGCCUUCUUGCGUUCUCAGGAAUCGACAUUUGGGUUCCGCGUCGCCUGCGCCACGAUGUCUAUUGCCAUCGUAAACUUCCUCCACAACACGCAGGUCUUCUUCAUCCGACAACGUCUACUUUGGGCCAUGAUCAUGGUUGCCAUCAGCAUGGUUCCGACGGCCGGUCAAAGCAUUUUCAGUUUCGUCCUCAGAAUAAUCGGUACCGUAGCUGCCAUGGUUGCAAGCUUCAUCGUCUGGUACAUCGUCGAUGAGCACAUUCCGGGAAUCAUCGUCUUCUAUUGGCUGUUUGCUUCAUGCGGAUUCUACAUUGUACUGAAGAAGCCACGCUUCGUUAUUGUCGGCAUGAUCAGCAUCGUUACCUUGACUAUGAUCAUCGGGUACGAACUGGGAGCCAAGAAAAUUGGGCCAGCAGCGGCUAGCUCAAACGGGCAGCCAUACUACGAGAUUUACAAGCUCGGUCCCUACCGUCUCGCGACCGUCGCUGGUGGUCUCUUCGUGGCUUUCAUCUGGACAUUCUUCCCAUACCCGAUUUCUGAGCAUUCGGAACUUCGCUCCAAGAUGGGCGCAUCACUAUACCUUCUCGCAAACUACUAUUCCAUCGUUCACGAGACGUUCCGCACUCGAAUCCGCGGCGCCGAAGGCGAUCCCAGGGUCAAGACGAGUGCAGGCCGCCGCAUGACAAAGGCUCGUUUGAAAGUGUUCCAGAAGCAGAUCAUGCUCACCACCAACUUGCGGGCUAUGGCCGAUUUCCAGAAAUGGGAAGUUCCCAUCGGCGGCAAGUUUCCGCGUGAGAAAUACGAAACCAUACUCACGUGCAUUGAGAAUACAACCCGCUACAUGGCCCUCGUAGCCUUCGCCUCUCAGACCUUCGCCAACCCGGAAGACGCCUCUCAAACCGUGUGGAACAACGAUUUCCGUCGUCUCAUCUCCUCGGUCAACCUCACGUCGCACGAAAUCACGUCUCUCCUCACCCUCCUCUCGGCCGCCGUGACCAACGGCUCCCCGCUGCCGCCGUACAUGCACGCUCCGGCACCGUACCGGCUGUCACGCCGGCUGGAAGAGCUCGACCAGGACAUCCUCUCGCUGCGCCACGUCGCGGAGCCGGGCUACGCGGCGUUCGCCGUCAUCCAGAUCGCGACGAGGUGCAUCAUCAAGGACCUGGAGAAGCUGCUGAAGACGGUGAAGGAGUUGGUGGGCGAGCUGGACUUCAGCUUCCACGCGGUGAGCACGGCGGAGUGCAGCAGGGCCAACAGCGUUUACCCCUUGAGCCGGAGGACGACGAGGACGGGGGCGGAUACUGGGGACGAUGAUGAAGAGUCGGAUAAGGAGGAUUGA